AUCUUUUUGAAGACUAGGCAGCAUGGUCUCCGACCUUAGCCUGUUCCAAACGGAACAAACGUACUAAAAAAAAAAAAAAAAAUGAAUUUUUGUUUUUAGGUUAUACUUUUUUAUUAUUAUAAUUAUUUCUACCUUGUACUGUUACCAAAACUUAACUAUCGCCAAGAUGCCGAAAAAAUUCGCGGGUGAAAAUAGCAAAGCUGUUGCUGCAAGGCAGCGUAAAGAAAAUGCAAAACAGGAGAAAGAUCAGAAAGUGAAGAAAAUGUUAGAAGAUGCUGAAUGGGAGGAUAACGACGAGAAAUUAAAGAAAAAACAGCAAAAGAAGGAAGAACAAGAAAAGAAACGCCAAGAGCAGCUACAAAAGAAAGCAGAAGCAAAAGCCCUGUUAGAAAAGGAAAUGGAAUCAUUGAAGGGCACAACAAAGAAUGCUCCACCACCACCAAAAAUCACUCGUGCACAGAUAUCAUUGUUAAAGGAGAAGACUGUAAAAGCUGAACCUCCUAAACCUGUGCCAUCACGGGUUGUCAUUGAUGAAACUCCAUUGGAAGAAAAUCUGAACAGGAUACAGCUUGAUGGAGAAUUGGCACAGACUGUAGAUGAGGCUAUAUCUAUACUCAGUGAUAAGUCAGAAGUGGAUCGACAUCCCGAAAAACGAUUGAAGGCUGCAUAUACAGCUUUUGAAGAAUCAAACCUACCAAGACUUAAAGCUGAAAACCCUAAUCUUAGGUUAUCACAGCUGAAACAAAUGCUUAAAAAAGAAUGGCUAAAGUCACCACAGAAUCCUAUCAACCAAAAGAUUUAAAAAUGUUAUAGUAUACUUUUCAUCAAGCUACGAUCAAUACGAGCAGAGCAGUGAAGGGAAAUGUUGGAAAAACGGGAGAAGUUACUCCAUUUUUAAGCUUCCGUUGCAUGUGCAGCCUUAAUAGCCACUUUUUAAAAUAUAAAAAUGUCCACCCAUGUGACGCCGGGACGGGUGGCUAGUUUAUGAAUAAAUUUGUAAAUAAUAUUAAUAUGAUACAAAUCCAGUUUUAAAUAAAG